AUGCAGAUUGUUUUGUUUGUCCUAAUUCUACUGGACACCUCUCUCUCCAUGCCACUUGGAACAAUACGCCUUCUCCACAACAAAAACAGUGGCAUCACCUACAAAAACAAGCAAUGCUGCGAGUACGGCCGUCUCAACCAGAAUAUCGAGUCACACAACCAGAAGUACCACGAAAGCAGCUCACUCUCCGAUUUCACGAUGUCACUGACCAAAAAUGCCAUUGAAAUGGCUGUUCCUGGCCAGGUGGCUGCCCUCUACCCCGAUACCAUCGAUCUCUGUUCCAUGCACUACAAUCAGCUACGCAUAUUCAGUCACAUUCAGAGACAGAACGUGACUGGCCUAUUCUACUACCAAAACAGCCUCUAUGACAACUUCUCUAGGGGAGGAUGGCUUGGAUUCUACUACACAAUCAGCGUAAACCAGGUUAAAGAUAGAAAUAAUCCAUCAGAGGUAGAGAAGCAGUUAUUCUGCUACAAAAUAGUGACUGAUAGUGGUGAGUACGUACUCACUACUGCAAAUAGAACACUCUUCUUCAUCGAAUUGGAUGGAGUUCGACUGACUAAGAUCCACCUCAAUAUUGAUCAUAAAGUAGGUAGCAUCAAAAUGGAGGAGACCAAACUGGGGGAGUUGAAGUUGUUGGACCAAAAGAGGCUGAUAGAAGGGUUGAAGCAGAGGAAGAGUGGGAACUACUGUAAGAUUGACAUGGUUGAACUGGUGAAUCCACCUGAUCAGCCUACGCCAACCAAACCAGUUGAUGAUUCUGCUGGUAGCCGUACUGCACCUAGGAAUACGACUAAGAAUAAGACAAUCAAGGUCAUUCGUAGUAACACGUUCAUCUGGUUGCUGCUUGGGGCGACUGCACUGUUAUUUCUGGUGUUUCUGAUACUGGCACUUGGGUGUAAAAGAAGAAGGGUGUCGUACAGAAGAGAGGCAGAUGCAGAGAUAGAGUGA